UUGGCUCUAGCGUUGCCUUGAUCGGCCAUACCAAAGCCAACCAUGACGCUGACAGAUGGGCAGGAUUGCGAUGAUGUCAGCGACACGUCUUGGGACAUGAUCGGAGACGAUGCAACGUUGUCAGACUGCAAGGAAUGGUUUCUCGUGUCAGGUUCCCGCUUGCCAGCCAGUCCAAGGGACAAGGAGAUGCGUGCUGAUGAUAGCCCACCAGGGCAUGCACUGCAAGAGUUCCUGGGUCCUUUGGAGUUGAAUGGAGUCGACUACUCUCAAAUCAGUUUUUUGCUUGGAGAAUGGAUGGAUUCAUUUGGCCAUUCUGUGUCAGUCGUGGCCACCAGCGAUCGCUGUGCACGAGCGAGCGUUUCUUGGGACCACAAGCACCGUUACAAGGCGAACCUUUGGAAAGCAGUCCUGAAAGUGCAUCAAGUCAAUGGACACUGGGUCUGCGGCAACGGCCAGCUCAGCGCUGCAGACGUGGGGCGGGUGCAGUGGCAACGCCCAAAUGGCGAACGAACUGAGUGGAUUCGCACCUUUCCCGUCUCAGCAGCUUUUCUCUCAGCAUACGUGAGGCCCCGCGACCGAAAGAAUACCUUGCAGCACCUUUGAGAACAGGUAGGCCGAAUCUCGGGCAGCAAUCACUGUACAUACAACCUGCACGCGCAGCCCAUGACGGUUGCCCACAUGCGGACAUCCCCAGCUGCAGAGUUUUGGGCCAGUCUGGCGAAAUGCCGAGGCUUUGACAAGGCCGCAUUCGCAGGGACCGGCCAGAAUUCAGUCGGCCUGUGCUAUGCGCAGACUCCAGAAGAACACAUCAUUUACGCCCUUUCUGACUUGUAUGACGCCACCACCUUCAUGCUUCGCAGAAUCUUGUGCACCAGCAUGGCCAAAACAGAACCAGCGGGUGUGUACAUUAGCCAUACAGCUCCUGUGGGCAGGU